AUGGCGACCGUUCUCACUCGAGGGAAGGCCCUGACCCGAGCCACUGCGCACGGAAGCGAAUUUGAGAAGAAGGAUUUCGAUGCCUCCUCCACAUCCGUCGCCUCUAUUCCACCUCUAGGGGAGCCCAUCGAGCGAAAGAAGCACUUCUGGCAGCGCAGCAAGCCAUAUGACUCGGAAGCCAUCGCAACACUUCCUAGUGUCUUUGACGAUCCAGAGACGGCUGAGAAAUACCAACCGCCAGCAGAAUGGGAAAAUACCCACCGCUUCGAUCCCCUCGCAAGAUGGACUUGGGGGGAAGAAAACAAACUGAUCCGGAAGAUCGAUUGGCGCAUCAUGGUCUGGGCCUGCAUCAUGUUCAUGGCUCUGGAGCUUGACCGUGCCAACAUCGGUCAAGCCUUGACGGAUAACUUCCUCCCCGAGCUAAAAAUGAACACCAACGACUACAACCUGGGCAAUACUGUCUUCAAGCUUUCCUUCCUCUGCGCAGAAUUGCCUUCUCAGCUGGUUUCGAAAUGGGUCGGACCCGACCGAUGGAUUCCAACCCAGAUGGUCUUGUGGUCCAUCGUUGCCAGCGCCCAGUUCUGGCUUAGUGGUCGUACCUCUUUCCUUGUUUGCCGUGCACUGCUGGGCAUGCUUCAAGGCGGCUUCAUCCCUGAUAUCAUCCUCUACCUGUCAUACUUUUACAAGCAUGCCGAGCUCACCAUCCGUCUCGGUUACUUUUGGACCGCAAUGAGCAUUGCCGAUAUCCUUUCGGCACUCUUGGCUCAAGGUCUCCUGCGUAUGCGUGGUGUCGAGGGUCAUGCAGGCUGGAGGUGGCUGUUCCUGAUCGAGGGCUUGCUGACUCUGAUCAUCGGUAUCAUGGCGUUCCUCUUGAUGCCUGCCGGUCCUUGCCAGACUGCUUCCUGGUUCCGAGGCAAGGGUAAGGAAGGCUGGUUCAACGAGAGGGAGGAAGUGAUCAUGGUGAACCGGGUGCUGCGCGAGGAUCCCAGCAAGUCGGAUAUGCACAACCGAGAGCGGAUUACCGUCGGGUUGUUGUGGAAGAGCCUGAAGGAUUAUGACUUGUGGCCACUUUAUGCGCUGGGUCUCGUCUUCCAGAUCCCCUUUGUGCCUGUUGGGCAGUAUCUGACUCUUUCCCUGAGAGGUCUGGGCUUCGAUACCUUCCAGGCCAACCUCUUGACGAUCCCUUACACCGUGGGCCACAUGAUCACCAUGUUGGCGGUGGCAUACGCAGCCGAAAAGUUCAGCAACCUGACAGCGCUAUCUGUCACCAGUCAGAUCUGGGGUCUGCCGUUCUUGAUCUUCUUCAACGUUGCCGACCUUGCCAACACCAACCGCUGGGUAAUCUACGCCGUGACGACACUGCUGCUGUCGUUCCCGAACCCCCAUCCUAUCCAGGUAGCGUGGAAUUCUCGAAACGCGAACUCGGUUCGGUCUCGUACCAUCUCGGCUGCCGUGUACAACAUGGCGGUUCAGACGUCGGGCAUCAUCUCCUCGAAUAUCUACCGAGAGGAUGAUCGAGCGUCGCUGUAUAAGCGUGGUAACCGACAGCUACUCGCGAUUCUGUGCAUGAACAUUGUUGUCUAUGCGCUGGUGAAGGUGUACUAUGUCUGGAAGAACAAGUCGAGGGAUAAGAAGUGGGCUGCCAUGACGGAGGAGCAGAGACUCGAUUAUCUGGCCACCACGAAGGAUGAGGGUAACAAGAGGUUGGACUUUAGAUUCGAGCACUAG